AUGGGUAAGAUUAUGAAGCCUGGAAAGGUUGUUCUUGUCCUCCGAGGCAAAUACGCUGGACGCAAGGCUGUGGUCAUCAAGCCACAAGAUGAGGGUGUUUCUGAUAGAACUUACCCACAUGCCAUCAUUGCCGGUAUCGACAGAUACCCGUUGAAGGUGACUAAGGACAUGGGUAAAAAGAAGAUUGACAGACGGAACAAGCUGAAGCCAUUCCUCAAGGUGGUUUCUUACACUCAUUUGUUGCCGACCCGUUACUCCGUUGAUGUCGCCUUCGAUAAGGCCAAUAUCAACAAGGAGGCCCUCAAGGUCCCACAAAAGAAGAGAAGAGCACUCGGAGAAGUCAAGUCGAAGUUCGAGGAGCGAUACAAGACCGGAAAGAACAAGUGGUUCUUCACCAAGCUCCGCUUCUAA